CCGCCACCUUCAAUAUUAAGAAAUUGGCAAAUUAUAAUUGGGCAUUUUGCACUUUAUUGUAUUGCAAAUAGAAUGCGCACUCCUGUUGGUAGCAAUCCUUUGGAGACUUUUACAAAAUUUGAAAGUAAUAUGAAUUGCGUUCUCUUUUUGCUUCAAUAUUGCUUCGUAAACCACAAGACGUUAAACAAAAGCAAUCACCACAGGCGGGAUUUGAUGAAAAUUGGAGAAGUGAUGCAAAACCUGAAAAUACCGAAAAAAGAGGUUUUCCCAUUUUUCCCCAUUCUUUCAUUUCUAAAUUUCUUUUAA